AUGAGUUUGAAGAAGAGAGAAUUCAAGUGCGCAACCCGCAGCGAGGAUGGAAAGCUUGAAAACAUCGAAGUCGACGGAAGGAGAGCGCAGAAUGAGUGCACUCUUUCAAUUGUGAGGACAAACAAGACGCCGCAGAAGGAGAUCGUCUUGACUGCACGAUCGGAGGUAUGCCGCAGCGGGAACAAAGUGAUCAUCGGAGACGCGCAGUUGACGCUGGAAUUCGAGAACGAAGAUGAUGCUAAGCUCUUCCGACAAUUUAUAGAUUUCCGAGAUCAAAGUGGCUGUGUCUUCGAUAAACGAACAGAAAUUUCCAGCUCCGAUCAAUACUUCCAGUUCUAUGGUUAUCUCUCUCAGCAGCAAAACAUGAUGCAAGACUACAUUCGAACAGGAACCUACCAGAAGGCGAUGGUGCAAAACUUUGUUGACUUCAAAGACAAGAUCGUCCUUGAUGUCGGAGCUGGCUCGGGUAUCCUCUCCUUUUUCGCGAUGCAAGCGGGCGCGGAAAAAGUCUAUGCGGUCGAGGCUUCGAGCAUGGCAGUGCACACCGAAAAACUGGUCAGCUCGUCGCAAUACGCUGGUAGAAUUAAAGUAAUUGCUUCGAAAAUUGAAGAAGUCGAGCUUCCAGAAAAGGUCGAUAUGAUCAUCUCAGAGCCAAUGGGUUACAUGCUUUAUAACGAACGAAUGCUGGAAACAUUCAUCCACGCUAGAAAGUUCCUCAAAGAAGACGGACUUAUGUUUCCAUCAAUCGGAGAUCUUCAUGUAGCGCCAUUCACGGACGAGGCGUUGUAUAUGGAGCAGUUUCAAAAGGCAAAUUUCUGGUAUCAACAAAGUUUUCACGGAGUCGACUUGUCCUCGCUCAGAGAUGAUGCGGUAGCUGAGUACUUUAAACAGCCCAUUGUUGAUACUUUUGACGUCAGCAUUCUUAUGGCAAAAUCAGUCAAAUACUCUGUCGACUUUAAGAAGGCUUCUGAAGAAGACCUUCAUGUGCUCGACAUUCCAGUCAAAUUUCAAGUGCAUACAUCAGGUACAAUUCAUGGGCUUGCCUUUUGGUUCGACGUUGCGUUCUGCGGCUCUUACACGACCGUUUGGUUGUCAACGGCUCCCAAUCAGCCACUUACUCAUUGGUACCAAGUGCGUUGCUUGUUCCGAACUCCACUCUUCGCUAAAGCAGGCGAGUACGUCACAGGCCGUGUUCUGAUGAAAGCAAACAAGCGACAAAGCUAUGACAUAGAAAUCGAAGCCUCAAUCGAGGAAACUGGCUGCAAAGCAGACAAUAGUCUCGAUCUCAAAAACCCGUAUUUCCGAUAUAACGGUGCACAGCCUCAGCCGACGCCUGGCAGCACUACAUCACCGUCGAACGAAAUGUACAGCGGACUGAAUAUCGGCCUAGAGAGCUUCUCGAAGUCUCAGGAAACGACGAUCUACCAAACAGACUCGCCUACCCCGCAACAGACCCAGCAAACGCCCUCCGUUUCCGUGUCAAACUUGAAACUUUGA